UUGCUCUCUCUAUCCAAGUUCAUACUUGAGAUAAAUCAAACAACUUUGUCUAUAGUAAGUUUAGACUUUGGAUAUACCGGAGAUCUAUAUUGUUUUUCUUUUCCAACCAAACACAGCUUAUUUGUGAUACCUAUGCCACACGAGGCAGUCCAGCCGCCGGAGAGGAUCCCGACGCAAUGGCACUCCUCACUCCAUCUCUCGUACCCCUGGACUGAAUCAUUUACUCAAAAUUCUCGCUUCAUCUCUCCGAACUCUGCUCAGCUGCCACUCCCAAUCUUGUUCGACGCUGGAUCAUGGCGGCUGUACGGAUGAUAGAUAUUGCGGUGAACUUCACAGCUGAGAAGCAAAUUUCGGCGCAGAUAACAUGUUCAAGGGGGUCUAUAAUGGCAAGAAUUACCAUGUAGCUGAUAUUCCGGCUGUUCUCAGUAGGGCAUGGAGUGCUGGAGUUGAACGAAUUGUCGUCACCGGUGGGUCGUUGGAGGAAUCAAGGGAAGCUCUGGCUUUAUCGGAAACCGAUGGAAGGCUUUUCUGCACAGUUGGGGUGCAUCCUACCAGAUGCAGGGAAUUCGAUGAGAGUGGGGAUUCAGAACAGCACUUUCAGGCACUUUUGUCUCUGGCGAAGGAAGGAGUUGAGAAAGGAAAGGUGGUAGCAAUUGGUGAAUGUGGGUUAGACUAUGACAGACUUCAGUUUUGUCCCUCGGAAAUUCAGAAGAAGUAUUUCGAGAAGCAAUUCGAAUUAGCAGAUGCUAUGAAGCUACCUAUGUUCCUUCACAUGCGUGCAGCUGCCGAAGAUUUCUGUGAGAUUAUGGCACGAAACAAGGAGAGGUUCAGGUCAGGGGUUGUCCAUUCCUUCACUGGAAGUGCAGAAGAUCGGGAUAAGCUCUUGUCCUUCAGUGAUCUAUUCAUAGGUGUAAAUGGUUGCUCCUUAAAAACGGCUGAGAACCUUCAUGUUGUAAGGGGCAUUCCAGUUGAAAGAAUGAUGAUAGAGACAGAUUCACCAUACUGUGAAAUCAAGAACACACAUGCUGGAAUCAAUUUUGUAAAAUCUGUGUGGCCUUCUAAGAAGAAAGAUAAGUAUGAUCAGAAUUGUAUUGUCAAAGGUCGCAAUGAGCCUUGUUUAGUUAGGCAAGUCCUUGAAGUAGUUGCUGGCUGUAAAGGAAUUGUUGAUGCACAUCCGCUGAGCAAGACUUUAUACCACAAUACCUGCAGGGUCUUUUUCCCUCAUGACUUGGAUUCUAUGGCAGAUGCUCUUCUCACUGACAGUCAUGAGAUUCAAUGAGAAGCUCAUUGUGUUUCAAGACAAAAUAAUUGAGGUAUGCUCUUUUUCAGUUGAAGAGGGUUCAGGCCCACCGGAAGGACAUGAUCAACUGUACAUUGUACCUUUCAGCAGAAUAAUUUUCUUGGUUACAAUUCUUGCAUGGAUGUAUAAUCUCAUUCUUUCUUCUUCUUCUUUUUUUUUUUAAUGGAAACUGAACUGCUUCUAGCUUGGAAUGAAGAGAAGGGUUCUUGUUUUGUAGCUUGGAAUAAGUUGGUAUUUCUAUUUUUUAUUGUAGACCUUAUUUAUUUGCAUCGGUUGCAUAAACUGAUGCUGAAGAUGAACUUUUUUUUUUCUCUGUAAAAA